GGAUCUCGAGCAAACUCGCCUGGUUUGAAGCGGGAGGUACUAAUGCUGAGCGGCAGCCCAAUCGACCAAUCACACGCUGGGUAAUUCACCAUCUCGUUCGCUGAUUGGUUAAGAGGCGGGGAGCGUUGGUGACGUUCGGGUCGCUCGCGCUUACUCUCUGACUUGGAGUUUUCAUAUUGACGGUUUCACGGGAGUAGUUGUAGUUCUCACACCGGACGGGGGGAGACUGUCCUGGAAAAAAACAGGCUAUCAGGGUUGAUAAACGCUUUGUAAGGGGAGUUCGGGAGACAGUAGCCGUAGGUGUUAGGAUAUUUUCUUGUUUUUCUCUGGGAUAGUCGACUAAAGUUGUCACAAUGCCGGUUUUCCACACGAAGACGAUAGAAAGUAUCCUGGAGCCGGUGGCUCAGCAGAUAUCCCAUCUGGUGAUAAUGCACGAAGAAGGUGAAGUUGAUGGGAAAGCUAUACCGGAUCUCACGCAGCCGGUGGCCGCUGUGCAGGCUGCAGUCAGCAACCUUGUUCGGGUGAGUAACUUUUACCGUGUGAAAAUAAGGUCUCGUUAAAGUCGGCGGGUGCUUUAGCAGCUAUACCUGUCGCUCUUUGUCCCACACCGUUCGCUCCCAAAUACUUGUACUUUGAUUCACACUCACCACUAUACACCUUUAGCAGGUCUGACUUUAACUCAAGGACAUUAAUGCAUGCAGUUUAAGUUUCUUGAAGUUGUUUGACUGGGGCAAGAAGCAGAGACGCCCUUUUCCCCUUGAAAAUAUGCCCUGCCUCCUCUGGUGCCGACUGCCAUAUCCUGACGUAGGCAUUGCUGCGGUGUGUUACAGCCAGGCACUGGACCAGCCCAUAGUUCACUCAUUCAUUUAUCUGUCGCACAUUAACAAAAACAGCUCACUUUUAUUGUCAUUUUAUAUCUCUGAGAAUGAGAGAGAGUGUAAAACAGCAUGAUUAAUUUCAGGAACUUAAGGUAACUAAGCCUGAAUGAUUACUGUAGAGCUUAAUAGCUGGGGAAAUAAAUGCAAAAUCAUAGGCGUUGAUCGGCCGAUACCGAUUAUUAGGGAGGGGAAAAAUCCACUUACCAAUUAAUCGGCCGAUUUUUAAUUUUUUUAUUAAAGUUUUAAAAUGUUGUUAAUUUAAGUAAUAUAUCUACAUAUUUACUUUUUUUUUAAACAAAUGGCUGCUUUUGAGCCUUUCAAACACGUCUUCAAAGAAUUAAAGGCAGAAAACUCAUUUCAAAUCCUUUUAUUGCUAAAACAACUGAAAAAGAAAGAGGUAUUUUGUGUAAAGUGCAAACAGUUAAAUUAACUUCCAACUCUGUUGCUCAAGGUAAAGUGGUCCCACACCUUGCUACGCUUGCUUUCUUUUGACAUCUGUAAAAACAACAACAAAAAGAAAAAAGGUGAAAGAACAGCAAGUAUGCCUUCGCGUCUUAACUCACGUUACUCAUUUCUGGUCCAAUCUCAUCUGGAGACAUGCAACUGCCUCAGUAAGAGAAGUAGCUCGAUCGCGUAAUGUGUACUGUUGUUUAUUCUACCGUUACUGGUGUGGCUAACAGUGUAGCAAGGCUAAUAGCAAAUGGCUAACUCUAACUUUAGCUCGCAUAUUACAUGGUGCUUCACCGUUAACUCGGCUUGGGUUGAACUGAAACUUGUUUCUACGCAUUUUAUUCCUGAAAAUAUCGUCGACAAUCGGCGAGGUUUGGCCGAUUACCGGUUAGUCUCAAAUGGGCUAAAAUUGGCCAAUUUAAUCGGCUAGCCAAUAAAUUAGUCGGGCCCUAGUAAGGAUGCACCGAUCCGAUAAUUGGAUAAUUACAAGUAGAUGGGACAAUGCAACACCAUUUAACCUCUGCCAUGGCUGCAAAUUAUACACCACAGUUUUUGAAUGCUUCCUUCUCUGACCCAUCAUAUUCACUUUAUUAACCACCAAGCUUAAACAUUACCUCAUUGGCCAUAAAUAGCCUUUGAGUCGCCUAUUUCUUUGAAUGAGGUGAGUCUCUGUUAUUCUUAAGAUGUCAUUUUUCUAGAGAAGUGUCAGAUUCUGAGAAUCUGAUUGGCCACAGAGUCUGAAGGAACAUGACAUAAACAUGACAAUGAAUUAAAGCUACUCACUUAUUUGUCAGACCCAAAUAUUUGCCCUAAACUGUUUACACGUGUUUAAGAUAAACUGACAACUAACAAUCAAGCAGACAUGCCUUAAAAUAAAACUUACGUCUAUAAUUCUGACUCACUUUUGCCGCAUUUUGGGAAGUACUUGAACAUUUUCAUACCUAGUAAGUGCCCCUCAUUUCUGUCCACAUGGUGCAAUUACCGUGUCUCUCUGGGGCUAUUAAUUAUGCAUUUCCAAACUGUUCUUAGGGAAACAUUACAUUGCACGCACCCUGAUGACUGGCUGCAGCUGUGGUUUCAUUUAUAUUUAGACCCAAAAAGGACUUAACCACAUUGAUGUUCCUCUAAGCAACUAUCAUAGCAAAAAAAAAGUAGGGAAAUGACAAUGUUGUUUCCUUAAAAUUUUGCCUGAACACAAACCAGUACAUGGAAAGUUUCUUCGAGAGGGAAGAAGAGGAUGUGAGGCGGCUGUCAGAUAUAGUGGGAUGUAAACGGAGGAGGAAGGGAUAGAGACUAAAUUAAGGCAGACUUGGUUCCUGUGUGUCAUUCUCUCUAGCACAGCACCCCUGACAGUUGUUGGGAGAUAAAUUUGGACAAUUGCUCGGGUGUCUUCUGUCAGUAAAGAUGGGGUUAGAAAGGUUGACUGCCAUUAUGAGACACAGUUAAUUCAGUCAGUUUAUGAUCCAGGGCAGUUUGAGUUAGCUGACUUCAUUGUAUGUCCUCUCCAAAACUACAGCUCUGCGCUUUAUUGUGUUCCCACUUACAUGUCAACAUGCGCAGAACUUCCUUCCUCUAGGGAGCAUUAUAGAGAGGCUUUAAAGUGACGUUUUAUGUUUGAUGGUGGUUAUGAGCUGUGAGUAAGGCCUUCCCUUCUAAAUCAAACUGCGGAUACCAGAUGACGGUCAAUAAAUACUGUCAUAAAUCAAUGUGGUUGCGUUUCUUUUUCAAAACAAACUUCAUUUCUCAUACAGAAAGAAUUUUGGUUUUGAAAUAUGUUACUGACAAACUCAAAUAGAUCUGCAUGUUAACAUUUAGCAUGAUCUUUAAAGUUUCACUAAAAAAUUGCCCAUAAAAGGGAAUGUUAUGGUGGUUUUGUGCUAAGGAAAUUUUACCCGUUUAUUUUUCAGUCUGGAGGAGUUCCAGACGCCUUCAUCAAAUAGUUUUUUGUUUUCAGAUGAAAACUUUAUUUUUACAUUGCAAAAGCCCUUUAAUCUAUUUUUCCCUGUGAAUAUUAUUUUGAGAUAUCAAUGAAUCAUAAUUUUUAUUGUAAUGAUGGGUUGACAAAGAAUAGAAAGCCAGCUCUGCCUCUUUAGGGCCUGUUUGCAUUAACACCCCAUCAGCUAUUUCCAACCUGAAAAUGUGAGUGCUGUUGAUGCUGAAGAUGUUUUUGCACUUAAGAUACUGAGACUUUGAGUGCAUUGCUUUUCAGUUGGAAACUGCCAUUGUCAGCACAAAAAAAAAAAAUGUUGUGAGUGGGCAAAGGCCCUUGUCGCUGUUUAAGAGCUAUUUGGGAAUUUUUUUUAAGGUUUGUGGUUUCUUUUAAUUUUUCCUAUAUCAGCAAAAAAUAAAAAUAAAAUCAAUAAAAGAGAAACAUUCUUACUGUGUGUUUCCUGCCCUGUGGUGGUAACUAGCUGGUGAAAAUAAAGAGGGAACAUAAAGCCGCUGAAAAACGUAGAGAAAGGCUAAAAUAAGAGUGUGCAUGGACACAAAUUUAACAGGGAGACUCUUGACUCAAACAAGCCACUUCUGUUUUUUUUAUACAGUAUAUAAACUCAACAUAAAAGCCAGAAGUUGCAGAAUAUAAAGAAAGUCAUAUAUCAGCCAACGAAUCAAGUAUAACUUACUGGAGAGAAAAGAAGUUUGAUUCAAAGUUCUUCAGCUAGAAAAUCAAAAACCGCCUUAAAAGUCCUCAUUACGCCACAUUUUACUGUUCAUUAAUUACACAUGACUGCUCAGCCUGUCAGCAUUCCCCGACUUACAAAAUAACUCGUGUAACCUCAACCAGCUGGGGGUGAAAUGAUCCAGGCUCUUUGGACGCUUUUAUUGUGAUCAGAUUUUUCCAGCAGUGGUCUGAAUGAAAGGAUAGGCCUGUAGUUAUUUCCAGUUGCUGUAGCAACAUUACAACAUGGAUAGUGUUAUGAUUUCACUGAAGUUAAGGAUCAGAUGUUCUUCUGGUCUCAGUUCCAGAUGUCUGAUGUUAGUCAGAGACAUUGAAAACCUAAAUGAGUAAAUAAACACACAGCGUGGAUCUUAUAAUUAGUACUACAGUUUAAUAUUCUCAGGAAUUUCCUCCCCUUUUUAACUUUCCAGGUGUUGCUCUUGUGCCAAUGCAAGAUUAGUUUGUUUUACUAUCUUGCACCUGUUUAAAGUGACUCAGCUGAAUGGAGUUUUUUUUCUUAACAGAGUGGAAAAUCUUAUGAAAGAGUAGAUUAAAGAGGAAGGCUCCUACUUGUAAAAAAAGAGAUGAACUGGUCUUUUGUCAUUACACUACACUUUUACAAAGCAGUGCUUGUCAAGGAAGAUCUACUCGGUGUUCCUCAUUGUCUGUAUUUUCCACAAAACCACAUGCUGCACAGAUGUCCUCCUUCAUGAUCUCUGUUCAGAGCCAGAUGCUCAAACACAGUUAAUCAAGUUGGGGUUAAAAUGGGAAAUGUUCAUAUAUUCUGAAGGCUGCAUCAGGUUAUUUUCCAUUACAAGAAGAAGAAGGAAAGGGGGAUGAGGGCUUAGGAUGUCUGGGGAGAUCUUGUGCACUCGCCGUGUAAAAUGUGCAGACUUUUGAAUUAUUAAUCUGAAAGGGUCUAAUCGUGUUAUUCCAGAUGCAUGGAGAUAAAAGUAAAACUGACCCAGAAUUUUUUCAAUUGUUUUUUUUUUUUUUUCUUUCCAAGCUACUGCAAGUCAAAUAUAUCUGGUCCAACUGAGACCCCUCGCUGCUGCUCAGCAUCUUUGACUUCGUGUUCUCUGAUUGAGACAAUGAGCUGGACCUCAAUUAGAGAUGCAUUUGAGGAAUGUGAAGAAUUCCCCGCGAGAGGAAUGCAUCUCUGCUUGGAGGGGGGUUAAGUUGACCCCUCUUAAUGCACAGAGUUUGUUUUUGCCAAAACAUCAUGCAUGAUUACUACUUAUCAAGACUCCCCUGAGAAAAAGCUUUAACACCUCUUUGAUGGUUUCACCUCACUUGAAGUUGGUGUGAAUGUCUUCACCAGCAUGAUGCAGCUUUCUGAUCUUGUGGGUAGAUGUUGUUUUUGGACUGGUAUGAUUGACCAUGUUUUAAAUAUCUGUGCAACCAGUAAGUCUUUACCAUCCUUGCAUAAGCUGUUUAUGCAAUAAGUGUGCCUGUGUUGCUGCACAAAUGUCUUGUGCAAUGCCAAUGUAAACUAAAGGGAAAAAUGACUUAAUAGCAGGGCUCACAAGUUCAAUAUCUCCUGCUAAAGAGUGUUUGCAUUGUAAUUAAACCAUUAGAUCAGACCUAUUUAGACUUUCUAUUGCUUUUAUAGACAAGUUUCGCACCAGUGAUAGUGUUUUGUGAGUGGACCCAAGUCUAAAUGUUGUCCUAUUGGAUUGAGUGGAAGAACAACAUGCUUCUUUGUGUCAGCAUUCUUUUGAGUUCACUGAACAGGGUCCUGUUGUACCUGAUUAUUUUUAUAGCUCCUUUUUACAGGCGUGGGAUAAAGAGAAGAAUGCCAGGGAUGUGGGGGUCCUGGAGGAGAUAAAGCUGUGUUAGACUUCCUGUUUGCACUCCUUACAAGGAUCUCAUGACGUGUGUUGAUCUUGCGGCGUGUGGAACGUUCAUCUACUGUACUUUACAGUUGAUCAUGAUGUACAAGAAAACAAAGCUACUUCCACUAUUUUCUGGAGUUGAAUCCAACACUGCAAGGAAGUAAAGCUCAACUGUAGCCCUUGAGAAGUGUGAAAAUACUCGAUCAGUCACUGCUUUAAUCCUUUACAAAUGGAAAGCAAAUGAGUUCAUUAACUGAAGUGCUUAAAGGCAGACAAAAGAAAACUCCUGUUGCCUGCUACUCCAGCUUCCUGUCAUUUGUCGAGGGAAAUCAUUUCAUGCAGCUUGCUGUUUGUUUCUGACGUCUUUGCAUGAACAUCCGAACCACAGAGACUGACAUUCAAAAAUAUGUAUUUAUGGUAUGGAUGCAUACAGCGCCUCUGGAGUGUAUUUUGUCAUCAGUGAGAAUAGGAGGGAGCAGCAGAGUGUUGACCCGAUGAGGAAACACAGGAAGCCAAGUCAGGAAGACCCGGCAGCUGUCGGCCCCGCUCAGGAACAGCAGUGUGAGCUGGGGAAGGGAAACCCCUCUCCCUCUGUAAUGAGAUGUUUCUGACUGCUCUGCUGACUGUUACAAAGACUACAAGGCAAUAGGGUGACUGCUUCUACCAACGUAACAGGCUGAAAUGAUUGAAAUGAACACAGUGGUAACCAAAGAAAUCACAUUUUUUGUAGUUUUAAGAGACCAGUCACCUUUUUCAAGCUUCCAUUUUCACAACAUCAAGACUGAGGCUUUUAUUUGAUCAUGAAACAGGCUGAUGUCACUCACUAUUUAGCUUAAAAGUCAUUAGCUUGUUAAGUCUCAUUGCCACAGCAUUUUGCCAUGAUGCUCACUCUGUCCCUCUGCUUUACUAACACACUUUCUAGUUCCUGACCAUGCUCUCCUCUCUCCACCCAGGAUCCAAGAUGGUUUGUACCGCUGUAACAAUACUACAUUAUAAAUAUGGCAGCCCCCCACUUACUCCCAAAUUUUUGUCGUUCAGCGAUCAUUUUCAUGAUGUGGAUAGCCAAAUACACAGUUGAAAUUUCAUUCAUUGUUGCUAGCAGCAGUGCCACAUGUUGCUAUUAAGCGUUUUCCUGUUUCUUGUCUUUGUCUUGAAAAUUGAAACAAUAGACCAUUUUGCUGAAAGGUUGAGAGGUCUCAGUGAACCCCUCUGACAGAAUCAAGAGGAAAGUUCAUCCACGUGUUGUAUGUAUGCACUCUGAACUUAAUUUAUGAUUACACUGUUUUUUUUCUCCGUAAAUGCUAGUUGAUAGUGCUGCACACCCCAGGAUUUAAAUCCCUGUGUUUAUGGGAUGUUAAAUCACCCCAAUGGGUGACUGGGUGUUGGGUUUCUCCUUUCUCUCCGGUCCUCAGCAGAUCCAUUAAAAGUAAUCUCUUGUCAUCUCAGCUCUUCUAACAUCCAUUUUUUUCUGGUGGGAAAUGUCAACUCAUCUGUGACGCUCGUUGUAUUGACUCACUUCUGUUUUCAGGAGAAGGAUUCCUCUGACGAGUGCCACUCCCCGGUAACACUACAAGAGCUGCUAAGCUCUUGUAACACGAGAUAGAUAGUUGUGAUGUAUUCUCUGACUGAAGGGACUGUUUUGCCAGGACAAAGUGGGAUGUUUGAUUUGUGUCUCUCAUCGCCUUGGACAUCCCAUGUAGAGCUACAUCCUGAGCAAAAUGAAUAAAGCAUGUUGGCCACCACUUGACAGAUAUAUUGUAAAGGUGCCGACCUUUGGUGCAACCUUUCUGCUGUACCCUUGAGUCAUUAUCAGCAAAGUGUCAUUUGAUAUCUGAAGAUGCUGCUGUUGCUGGGUAUGGGAGUAUUGAUCAAGAUGAGCUAAUGGAGUGCUGUGCCAUCAGUUCAUGUGAGCAUGUCUCAUCAUAUUGCAGUAGAAAGUCACUAAUAGUGCGUAUCAGUGUUUUAGUCCUCUGUGAAGAAUAGUACAUUGCUAAGGGCAGCAGUGGGAGCUCUUGCCAGAAUUUCACCAUCACACAUCCUGGUGGUCACCAUUACCAACGCAGCAUUGUGCUAAAAGUGCUCAACAUGUAAAAGGCAGCCAGUGUCUCGGCAGCUUUGAGCCUGUCAGUGUGGCCUUUCUUCUCCCAGCAGAGCGAUGGGCCGCUGUCAACAAAGCCCGGCCUGUUCUAAAGGAGCAGCCACUUUAUCAAGCUACUUCACAACACAGGGUUUCCACACAGCACUCUUGUACGAAAAAAGGAGUGUCAGUGUUUCCACUCCAGCCACAAAUGGUGAAUGAGACAAGUCAACCAGUAGUACUCUGUGUGAAAGCUUGAAAGAAGAUGAAACUGAAUCAGUAAAAGGUUUCGAAAAGAAGGUGUGAGUGAAAACUGGUCCUCCUAGAGGUGGUUUUACCAGAAUGAAUAAAAGGAAGUGGUUAUUUGUGUUGUGGUUUGACUGAUAAAGAAUGAGUUCACUCUUGACACUCAGCGUCAUCUGCCCCCCUGAAACUGAUUGUCUCUUUGAAAAGAAAACCCAUCACAUGGAAUAAAAGAAAAUAGAUAAACUUGAGAUCUGCCAUACCAUAUUCAGUCUCAGGAUAGCUUUUAAACUAUUUCUGCAAGAUUCAAAAUUGGAGCUCUAGCCUCAGGAUUUUGUUUAUUUAUAGCCAACCCUACUCCUACCCAAGACAAGACCUAUUACUGCAAAAUUUAGCGUGUGCGAGGCUAUAAUAAUUCACUUAUAAGUGAUAUACUUUUAAGUAGGGGUGGACAUGAUACACAUAAGUAGGAGCAUCAACAUCUCCUGCAGUUGAGAUUUUCCUACAUAGAUACAGCCUAUGCCUUUUCAGUACUAUUCCCAGGUCUGAGAUACAAUAAUUGAUGUCAUUCUCAUUAUAUAACCUCACUGUAGUCGGUUAAUAUCAACUUAUGCCUCUGUGUUUCUCUCUGCUGUAGUAACAACUUGUGGCAAUAAUGACGUAAUGUUUUUAUCCUUUAAUCGCCAAUAUGUAGUCUUCUGCAAUACUUUGGAGCUCUCAGUAGUCUCUGAACGACUCUGUCUAAUGCAGCCUGUUUUUGCAAUCUGGUGUUUGCAACCCUGCUAGCUUCCAAAACAGUAAUUAAGCUCAAUGUUGAGGUUUAAAGUUGUGAGGUAAGUCCCCACGUCUAUUGUAGUCAAUCGUUAAGAUACAAAAAUGACAAAAAUGGUUGGUGUGCAUCCUAUUAACCAGAUUAUGUGGAAUUAAAAAUUAAAUAUCUUAAAGUCCAAAAUGAUAAAGAUACAGAGAUGGAGAAAUGCAAACUUUCAAUAAACUCUAAUAUAAGAUCUUGCAGCCCUAAUGUCAAGCUGGGUCAUUGUUGGUACCAGAAGAGUGGGAUGUCUAAACUUUUGGACAGAGUCUCAGCACAGCAAAGAAGGCGAGGCGUUAUGAACUGCUUGACAACAACAGUUGGGUCACAGUUCUAUUUUUGCAGCAAAUUGUUUGGAUCCCUGUUCAACUGGAGACUGUUUUUGAACUUCAGACAGCAGGAAGAGGCUCUGCAGGGAGGACAGACAGGAAGACCGUGAGGAUCUGUCGAAAGCAAGAGAACCUCAAGCCUGUUUGGUUUUUACACACAUUUCUGCAUGACACUGUGGGGAAAACAUGACUCAGAACUCGUUAAAUACAGUAUGCAAUUGGCUUUUGGUCCCACAUUGUUGGCCUAUGGUGUAGUCUGUCUUCUUGCAUUUGUCGGUUUGGAUCAUGUCUGAACUUGACUUGAUCUUGUGUAAAUCUCAGUUUUGUAUUAACGGUUUGGUUCUGAGGGCAUACAAGUUUUUCACACAAGUUUUUCAAUAAAAGAUGAUUUUUAGAUGAGGUGUCAUUUCAAGAUUUAAAUGGCGUGAAAACCUCGGCUUUGAAAAUAGUAUAAGAAUAUGUAAAUUUAAUUAAGCCCUUGUGUGGGGGAGGCCAAAUAUUCACAAUGGGUUAAACUUAUAAGAACAAAUGUUGAGUUGAACAAGUAGAUUCGGAGAUUAAAUUGUUUUGUCAUCUGCAUGUAAAGAAAUAUAAGGUGGAUUUACACAGUGUGAAAUAGCCGACAGUUUCAAAAACACUCGAUUGAAUGAACAAUUUUGGGUCUCACCACGAAGUGUUUUGCAAUCCAAAACAAAUCCAGCUAAAACUGGAAGUCGCUAAAAGACUUUGGCACUUUGUUUGUUGACCUUCCGGGAAAAGAGAGCGGUGUAUAGCUGAGAGUAAUUCUGUACUCUUGUAAGAGUGUGUGGUCUUUGUGUUACUUCCUGCCCCCUCAGUUAUGUUUACUACCCUUUCAGUGCCCUAUAUCCCCAGUCUUUACCCCCUCUGCCCUUUAGCUGAACGAGCCAGAACGGCUUUAGCUGUUGUUGGCUUUUGUUCAGGACCGCUCACUGGACCAAGCGUCAGGGUGGCAUUACCACUUUGCUCCGAGAUGGACCGCCUCUGUUAAGCCCCGGUUUUUAGUUUGGCACAACCUCUGGCCCCUGAUUUAUGAGCCCUCGGUUACUCAGUCGAAUCUCUCUGGUCAUGUGGGGAAAGUGAGCGAGGAGAUGUAUGUCUGCUCUGCUCCAUUACAACCUCCACGUCAACCACCUGGAAUGACUCUGCUUACUGCCUGUAGUCUGAAACAGUGACGAGCUCUCUGGUCAUGCCCACCACUGACUCAAAAUCACUUCCCAAAAUUUUCAGAAUAAAAGCAGAAACUUAACUCUUUGAAUACUUCCAAUAUGGCUGCUUAAUUAUUUAUCGAUCAAACCAUGAACUCAAGCUGUUACUGUAAGGUUCAGUGAUUUAUGUGAGAAUCUUAAUCAUGUAGUUGAUGUUCACUAUUGAAAUAAUGUCAAAUGUAAAAGGUGAAAUGUUUCCCUAUUGUCCAAUGUCAGCUGAUUUACACCAGUCAGCACGAUCCGUGUCCCUGUAUGAACGCACGUGAUCCCUCACCCAUGGCAGCGCGAUGUGGGUGAGUCGAGUCCCCCUACAGAGCUGAGGUCAUGAAGGGGGAGGUGAGUCAUUUUGGCAUUUGAGGCAGAGGAGGCGUUCAGCUGCUAUGCACAUUAUAGCUAUGCUGAAGCCUGGCGUCCCCCCAGCAGCUGCCUCGUUGAUAUAACGUUUGGCAGGAUGAGUAACGGGACGUCAGUCUGGAAAUCUUGCAUGAUUAAAGACAAAACUCCCAAAGGGAGGGGAAGUUGUGCUCGCAGAGUUUCUACCGACUCAUUCGACAUGCUGCUCAUGUAUGAAAUGUAAGCUCGAGUUUCACAAAAGCUUGGGAGUAGAUGUAAUUUCGAGUUGUAAUGAAUCAGAACAACUCCUUCAAAACUUUGUGUUGACCAAUGCAAAAUCUUCAUGACUGAUGGACUAGUCAUCAGGGUAGAGGUCGAGCGCUCUGGAGACUGUUUACAACGCCAAGUGCCACCUUUACCACCUCUGAAAUAUGAUACAAUCCCUAAUUUGCAGCUGUGCCAAGUUGAAACUUAAUUACUUCUUUGUAAGGCCAUAUAGUGAGCAGAUGGUGAACUCAACAGUUCUAUAGUUUCUCUGUCAUGUCACUCUAAUUAUAAACAGCAUAAGGACACCAUUAGAACUGUGAAGUCGCCGCAACCAAAUCUUUAUGCUAAAGAAAUCUAAUUUUUCUGAAAAAGCUCCAUGACUGAACUAUGAAUGACACUUUAGCUGUUAAAGUGAUUGAAAAUAUGCUCUGACUCAGAAGCAUGAGGAGACCUGUGAAGAUCUGAGCUUCAUUUAAAGUGAAACUAUCAUGGCGCAAUCAAGCAGAAAAAAUAAACUUCCUGUUGAGAUAACUCGACCGCUACAUUUUUCUCAACCUGAACACAAGCAGAAGUGGCUUUUAUCAAGAUAAAAAAUGACAGUCGCACAGAUGUAGAAAUGUCAAAGUCAACAAUAUAUUCAAGAUUUAAUCAACUUCUUUCUAGUUGUGAAACCUGCAUUUCCUUUGAUUUCUAAAUAAGCAAGUUAAAAGAUAAGUAAGUUACAAACAUCAAAUUGGAAAAAAAAGAAUUGCCACCAAAGGAGAUGGGGAGUUUCUCAUGCUUUGAAGGGAUUUUUGUGAGUUUACGUAAACUACUUAUCCUCUGUUUGACAAGUAACCAUGGUUACGUGAAGUUCCUGUUUUUGAGGGAGCAAAGGGAGUCCAAAAGCGUGCAGCUUUACCUGAUCACUCCACCUUGAUAAAGGGUGUUUAUAUUCAGCUGUGGGUGUGACGCUGUGACUUUGAACGGUGUGUACUUUGUAUCCGAGUGAGAGUGAGGAGGGGCUGGCAUGAGAAACGGCCACAAGCCUUACCUGCUAGGGAUUAGUCAUGAUUUUCAAAUACUCGUUUAAUUGUAAAAAAAUUAUUCUUGACUAACAAAAGAAGAAUAAAUGAAAGUUGUGGGUACUGCACUGAGAUUCAGGACUGUAGAAAAAUCCAAAGACUUCUGCAGCCAUUGAGGAGCUCUGUUCAGAAAGGUCUGUGGAAAAAUAGAUGAAAAAAAAGGACAAGUGAGAGUGCCAGUUUGGCCGAGUGCUUGAGGCACACAUCCCAUGCAAAUAGGCUUUAAUCCUCAGGCCAGGGUUCAGCUCACACUUGGAGCCCCUUCUUUGCAUGUCACUCCCCACUCUAUCUCCUGUCCAAUCCUCUAUUUAUAAAGAUGUGAAGACACAAAAGAUAACUAAAAAAAGAGGUGAAGUACAAACUUUGACCAAGGAAAAUUUACAUAAUUGUUCAUUACUGACAAUAGUACGUAUUUUUACUGGAAUUUUUAUGCAACACAAUGUCCUACUAAAUGCAAAAGUAUACAUAAAGCCAAACUGAUAUGUCAGAGAGCCCAAAUUAUCAACCUAUGUUUUCUGUCAGAUCUAUAUAUUGGCACAUUUUAGGGUAUUGAUCAGGAACAUUUUGAGUGUAAUCUAACUGCUUUCAGUGUGUUAAGGAAAAUUGUUUGUUUCUUAUUCAGGGAGUGAGCACUUUAAGGAGUAGUUAUCGUUCAUUUAUCGUUAUUGAGGUGAACUACUCAAUAUAUCGUGAUAUUGAUUCAAGGCCAUACCGCCCAGCCCUACUUGUGGGGUCAGUUUGGUAGAGUUGGCAGAGCAGAUGCCUCAUACAGAAGCUAUAGCUUUUUUUGCACUGGUGGAUUUGGUGCAUGUCACCCCUCACUCUAACUCCUCACAUAUCCUGUCGUUCUUUCUUAAGUUAUUGUAUCAAAUAAAGGUCUAAAACUGCAAAAAUUAGCUUCAUGUUGCCCAGCAUAUCUAGAGAUUUCCCUCUAACAUAGAUACCAGUAUCAGCUUCAUGAACCUUGGCCCUCAUUCCUAUCAUUUCUGUCCCGUCUGUCAUGCUCUCAUCAUGUCCACACUGGUAUCUCACCUCACUUUCUUUCUCCUGUCCUCUUAUGCCUCUAAAUAGCUGUCUCGCCAUGGUUUUACAUUAGGCUUAUCUGUAUUCACACUGAGGUGGACCAGUGACCUGCACAGGCUGUCUUUGACCUGUUUCUCGGUGCAUGCUGGGACAGGCUCUGACCCCCUGUGACCCUGAAAGAGAUUAAACAAAAGGAACGAAUAACAACUUGGUGAAGCCCGUUUGAAAGUUAGUGGAUAGGUCAGAAUAAGCACCUGCUACACAAUGGGAUCAGUGCUGAUGUGUUAUAGGUGACGAUGUGUUAUUGGUGAAUCACUGCUGGCGAUUAUUUUGGACGUCAGUACUUUUUUUUCGAACCCGUAUCCUGUCAAUACAAGCGUUCACAUCAGCGACGUUUUCCUGUCCUGCAGUAUUACGGCAUUUAUUUUUUCGGAUCAUGUUUGAUUUUUCUAAGUUUCGCAUACUGUGUGUCCACUUCUGACCAAUCAGAUUGCGUGUUGUUGGGACGGUAUAUCCAACAUGGCCGACCGGCUGAUUGUCGGAGAAUGUGUUGGAGAACACAGUGCUUUAUGAUAAAAGACACAAACAUUACAAACAUAACGACCUGAGCGACAAGUUAAGGAGAGUCAUAGCGUCGAAUUUCUCAUAUGACGAUGUUUUGUGUGCUUUAACAGUUUGCCUUUGUUUUAACUUUCAUCUAUGCUAAUGUAGGCUAAUGGUUGUUACCAUAGUUACAUGUAGUUAUCUUAUCGCCUCUGAUUGGCUUUUAGUGCUGACCGUUUGGCUUGAUUGGUGAUGACAUUUCCAGCUUUUCUAGCCAAUCAGAGGCGAAGGAGGCGGGACUUUCCCUGGGAAAAGUCUUCCCCGGGAUGCAUCAGUUCCCCCCAGGAAAGUCGCAAAAUCGCAUCGGGCUUGAUGUGUAUAGUCAGCCGUGUCAAAAUUCACCUCUGAAUAUUUCACGUUUUAUAUUUGCGUCAGCCCCGGUGUGAAAGGGCCUUGAGAAUUAGGAUUAACAGCAGAUCAACCAUUUUAUAUAGAUUGAUUUUACCUCAUUAGUAACUUAAAUAUAUAUAUUUUUUAAUCAAUAAGUCAUGUUUUUUUCUGUUUUUUCUUUUCUAGGUGGGAAAGGAGACUGUUCAAACCACAGAGGACCAGAUCAUGAAAAGGGACAUGCCACCUGCUUUUAUCAAGUAAGCACACACAGAGAUCUCUUGUUUCGAGAACUUAAUUUCUUACAGUGUCAACCUCUCCAGUGUAUUAAGAUGAAACAGUUCUCUCUUUUCAGUAUGUGGAACCCACUGGCCUCCUCUCGGGCUCUCUUUCUCUCUUUAUCUGUUGCAGUAAUGGCUGGUUGUGCCCAAGCAAAGGUCAGACAUGGCAUGUUAAGUGCCUCAGAGUCUUGCCCCGGUGUAACAUAAAUACUUCAUCGCACACAGAGGAGCUCCUUUACUCUAAAGGAGCAGGGCCACAAACUCAUACAUGCCCUCAUACAUCAGAGCCUCUAGCUGCUGCUGCUGCUUUUGGUUUAUGUCAGUUCAUAAAACACCAAAAAGUUCACAUACUGCUGUAGAGAAGUAGAUCAACAUAUGUAUGUAAUCUGUUCCUGGCUCACUGUGAAAGCUAAAUCAGUAACCAGUGCUCAGCUGCCAUCUGCCCUGAUAAAAAGUCUCAUCCAUCAUUAUUACCUGAGAUUGUAAUCAAGGCAGGAAGAGGCGGGGCCCAGGAGCCCACCUCACCCCACCCCACCCACAAGGUCAGGGAUGAAACACAUUGGCAGGCACAGGUCGUCAGGCUCAACACAUUUGGCGCCUGGAAGUCACAUCGUCACCCUGUCGUCAUCCAUCAGCACAUGAGCUGGAAUGCGUCUCCUCCACUAAAAAUAGGGUCUGUCGGGGUCCGGUUAAUGCAUGGCUGUUUCUCGCUAGCAUGCUGAAGGACACUCCUGGCUGGCUCUGCAAACAAACACACACACACAGACACACACACUCACACUCACACACAGGCCUUGAUGUCAUGCACAUACAUUAGCCUUUAUCCUGCAGGAGACUUGCCUUCUUGGACAAAUGGGAACAGAACUCCUCUUGUUUGGCCUCUAAAAACGUGCAAAAGAGCAAAAAAAGACCCCCUGUUACCAUGGCAACAUAUAGAUACUUCACCCCUUUUGCUAGAACAUGUGUCGGUGAUUGGCUGGUUGCCUGUUUCUAUGUGCAAUAUGGCUGUUGUGAUACAAUGAAGGUGGCAUGUCUGACGCUGAAUCAAAGGACUGAGCCUGUGGUUUUUUUUUGCUGCUCUGGAGUUCACUGAGUACACCCAGCCCAGAUCUGAAACUAUCAGUCUAUGUUUUAGUACAUGUCUCUGGAUGGAGGGGUUAAAUUGGGCCAGAGCCAGCCAGGGGCGGAGCACUGCCUCCUGUGGUUAAACUCGCAUCCUGUGUGAACAAUCUGAAACUUUCCUCAUAAGGCUUCACAAUCGGUACAACACAUGACUCUGUCCCCCUUCAGCUGUUAGAACGAUUUCAGAAGUGCUCAAGUCUGAACCAUCCUCCAGGAUGCGUUCUUCUGGAAACCCGUGACCGUCAUAAACCUAUGAAAGAGAACUACAGCUUCCAAGUUUCAGAACCUCUCCAAGCUUAAUCCUACUGGCCGUCUCUUGGAGUCUGUGCUGCAGCUUUGUAUGAACAUGUUUAUGCUGAUUCUAAAAACAGAAAAACACUUGUCACACAGGAAGGAAGUUACUGACAUAUGUGUAAGGAUGACAGAUCAGACGAGCUUUUCAUGAGACAAGAUUUUCAGUUUCAGAUUUUCAUCUUUAAGCUAACUUUUAUAGUUUUUGUGAUGUCUGCAGUACAGUUGAAUACACAGAAUCUAUUACAGCCAGAUGUAAUCAGGUUACAAAGUUAUAUCCUUUCAUUUAUAUUGUGUAUGUGCCCGUCUGAUUUUGGUGUUUACUGGCACAGAAAACCAUCAUGCCUUUCUAGUUAUGUAUAAACAUGAUAUUUGAUAUUUAAAGACCAUCCGCUUUCACUUUAGUAUUUGAUUCAAAUUUAGUGGACAGCAUAAAAAAAGAGGAAAUGAGAAAAAAAAGUUAUGCUUACACUGCAGCUACUCUAUGUUAUGGCUAGCUGUAGCCCAAGGCUUCCAUCUGUUUUUGCUGCAGGCAGCUUGCUGUCUUUACGCAGUAUGUCCAUCUGGCUUCUGAAGGGCUUCAUAUCAACAGCAUGACUUGUUUAGAUUUUUUUUAGUAGAGGGUUUUAAAUCAGUCUUUUUUCUUCUUUUCCCCAGAGUGGAGAAUGCAUGCACAAAGCUGGUGCAGGCUGCCUCCAUGCUGAAAGCUGAUCCCUACUCUGUCCCCGCUCGGGAUUACCUCAUUGAUGGCUCCAGGGGCAUCCUCUCCGGGACCUCUGACCUGCUACUGACCUUUGAUGAAGCUGAGGUAAUGAUUUAUUCAGCUUGUCAUUCAUAAUUCUGAAUAAAAAAAAACUUUCAUUCAGAUUUCUGUUUGCUGAAAGAAGAUUUUGUCACAGUAAAUACUAGGGGUGUCCCGAUACAACGUUUUUACUUCCGAUACGAUUUCGAUAUCAAAGAUGCCGGAGUGGAGUCUGGAAUGGACUGCUUGUAUGAGUGCUAAUAUCGAAGAUUUUAGAUGCAAAAUCUUAUAUCACGGUAUGAGCAAUUUCGGUAACCCUUUCUUUUACGGUUCACUUAUUACCAGGUAAUUAACAGCUAAUUACCUAGUAACAACAUGAAAUGAUCUGGUAAUUACAUGAUAACUACUAAGUCAAAACUGUCUAGUUUUUUUUUCUUCUGUGCAGCUCCAUUUUCAAAAGCUAUUUGGGGUUCUUAUUUUCUAUGAUUGACACUUGAUACAGCCUAUGGGCGUGCGAAGAUUGUGUAGCAAUACGCUGUUCAAGUCGAGUAUUAUCACAGCAACUCACCCGCCGAUUGGUACAAUGCUACUGCGCAAGUAGUGGUUCCAGGAAGCGGAGAAAAUCCUAGAAAUAGUAGUUAUUAGUAGUCUUAGUAGUUAUUAUGUAAUUAUCAGAUAAUUUCAUGUUGUUACUAGGUAAUUACCUGUUAAUUACCUGGUAAUAACUGUACCGUAAAAGAAAGGAUUACCGUAAUGCCUCCGUUUGCUCGGUACUGCCACUAAUCUCUGCGUCCGCCAUGACUACCACCAGUGAAGCAGUCUGCUGGACAUGCUGGUGAUUAUAGGGAGCGCACCUAAACCUGACCAAUCAAAUGAGCGAACAAACCUCGCAUGACACGCUGGUGAAAAUACGGAAAUGUUCCCAAACAGAUGCACUCUGCUUUAGCAAGCGCAGACAACUACACACUGGCUGAGAGAUAUAUACGGUAUGAAUGGUACAGCAAAAUUUCUACUGGUAGACACUUUUAUACCGUCACAUAAUAUAUACCGUCAUACCGCCGAGCUCUAAUUCGAUAUGUGUUUUUUGGCUGAUAUUGGACUGAUAUCAAUAUCGUAUCCCGUAGCCCUAGUAAAUACACACAGGACAGGAUCGGUACAUGACUAGCUUCAGGGGUUGAAUUAUGAGGUGAUAUCCUACACCUCCCAGGAUGUGUCUGAGCUCCUAACUUCAGAAUUUAAGUAAAUUAAAAGAGAAUUAAAAAUUGAUUCCCCUGCCUCCUCAAGUAUUGGUGCAAACUGGUGUGCGCUUACAUGCGCUUUGAUUGUGUUUCCUCUUUUUUUUCUACACCUGAACUGGCCUAAUGUUUAUGGAUAAUACGUUAGACAAGUGAAGCUCUGUCUUCAUGGCAUCCUUUCUUUCGGGCUGGUCUUCUUUCACACUAAUGAACGCAGACUUUAUAAUAAGCUGAUGACCUACUGAGUACUCCGUGAGAAAACGCCACGCCAGGACUUUGAGCACCUGCCAGCACCACCAAGGGAACUGUAUAUGUUAUAAAGGUUGCAGCUUAACUCAGCUGAUUUUAUAUGGAGCCUCUCUCAUAAAAAUGCAACACAAAGUGCCUCACAGAGCAAAACGAAGACAACCCAGACAAGUACAGAUUCAACAGAGGAAUCAAUAAAGACUGAUUAUUGAGGAGGAUUAUUGAUAGUUUUAAAAUCUUUAUCCUUUACUUCAUAUCUUCAUUUUGUAUAAGAGCCUGAAAGAUGAGACACCAUCUUAAACCGAACACCACCAGGUAGCAGAGGUUAAAAAUGGGUACAGUGUAGCUGUAAUAGCUUAUAACUGUUUUCAAUCUUGUAUCAUUGAUUUUCACUGAGCAGAAGCUGGGCUAAAGUGUGUUUUUAAUGGUCACUUCAGUACAGCAGAGGGCUGCAGUCACAUGCCUCUCCUGCUUUAAGGACAGUGAGUAUCCACUCCUGCAUCCCCCUUGGGUACUGUAAUGCUUAUAGAGAAGACAGAGAGGUAGACAGAUAUACCAUGAAAGUCUUCAGGACUGCCCAUAUUUCUGACUCAAACACACCCUCAAUCUUAAAGCAGACAGGGGCAUCAUCUAUCAGGCAGAGCCAUCUUUCUUUUCCUCUGAGGGACGGAGAGGAAAAUAAGAGAAAGUCGCACAUCAGCUCUCUCGGAGCAGACAUCAGGCGUCCCCGCGCUGUCUGCAGCAGUCAGCAGGAGUCAUCAGUCAGCAGUGGCAUCAUGUUUUCCGAUUCAGCUCAGGGACAGCUCCAGUUCUGUGUAGUGGAGUGGUGACCCUGGCAAUCCACACAGAGCUGGAGAGAAAUGGGACAAAGAGGCUUGAAUGUCAUUAGGCAGCAUUAUCAGAGUGUAAUUAGAGAGGAUGUGAAGGCGCAGGGGGGGAUGGGGACUGUGUUUACAUAAUCUCUUGAAACACUGUGAUUGAUGUCGGCUUUUAUUGUUUUUAUGUGAUCAUUGGUACAGGUCCGCAAAAUAAUCCGAGUGUGUAAAGGCAUCCUGGAGUACCUCACCGUGGCAGAGGUGGUGGAGUCUAUGGAGGAUCUGAUCACAUACACAAAGAACCUGGGACCAGGUCAGUCUUUGUUUGAACUCAGACUGUUCCUACUGGUGUUGUAUUUUAUAUCACAGUAAGUUAAUUCCAAGUGUCUGCCCUUAAUUAGUCAACUAAACUGAAUAUGUAUUUGUUUUCUACUUCUACUAGGGAUGACAAAGAUGGCAAAGAUGAUCGAUGAGCGCCAGCAGGAGCUGACCCACCAGGAGCACCGUGUGAUGUUGGUCAAUUCCAUGAACACAGUCAAAGAGCUGCUGCCCAUCCUCAUCUCAGGUGAUAAUCCUAAAAUAAAAAGGAAAAACUCACAGUGUGAUUUUUUUUGAGCUUGCUUGUUCAUAAAUGUGCUUUUAUGAUUCUCCCAGGUAUCAAAAUCUUUGUGACAACCAAGACGUCUGGCAGUCAGGGUGUUGAGGAGGCCUUGAAGAACCGUAACUUCACUUUUGAGAAGAUGAGCGCGGAGAUAAACGAGAUCAUCAGAGUGCUUCAGCUCACAUCCUGGGACGAGGACGCCUGGGCCAACAAGGUGCGCACAAUAAAUAACUUUCUAUUAUUAUACGAGUUUUUGUUUGAACAUCAAAGUCACCGCUGACAGCCGAUGACUUUAUCCCUUUCUCUCACAUAAUCUCACAUUCCCUUUAUCAGGAUGGGACAGGAAUCAUCUUGCUGUGUAGAUCUCAACAUUUCACUUUUUUGUCAUCACAAUUAUCUCAAUUAAAAAGGUGACAGGUGUUAAAAAUGCUUUCGCUAUUUUUAAAACGCCUUCUUGAAGUUCCUCUUUUGUAUUUUUAGCAGCUCACAGAAAAUAGACUAAAAUUGAAACUGAACGCUUGAUUUGUGAUCUACAAAAGCAUAUGACUGACUAUUUCUGUACACAUCUGAACUGAUGUUUUUAAUGCUUGAAACAGCUGCUGCGGGGUAGGUGUGAGAGAAAACAACAGAAAUAGACUUUUUGUUGUAUUUUGAAUGACAAAGAUUGCAGAGUAGCAAUUUUUAAUAGGAAGAAAAGACAGGAUGAAAUCAACUCAGAGAAAAGUGGUCCCCACGGGGAGCGCAAAAACCAAGUGAAAGUUCCUGGCAGGAGCCUAAAGAUGCGAUACUUCAACUUUCUCCCUAUAUUUUGUUAUUCUGCACUGCAUGUCCUUCCACCUCUUUCCUGUCCUGACAUGUUUGAAAUAUCCCUGUCCUAUGACACUUUUCUCUUUGUUUGCUCUUUUAUUAGUUGGUACGUCCUGUUCGCUCAGUGUUUACAUUUCUGUCAUUCUUCCUUUCUUUUUCACUGUUUCUUUCCCCCCCUUCACCCCCUGUAGAAGGUAAGCCGUGUCUCUCUUGCACCUUGGUUGUGCGGCAGCAUGUCUGACAGAUGUGUGUGCUGUCUGCUUUGUAGUGCCAUCGUGUGCUUUUCUAGUGACGCUGCUGUGAGGUUGAAUCAUUGACUGAUGAUUACAACAAUAGAUUGAAUUAGAUAUUUGAAUAUAUUCUACUGAUAAUGGAAUGGUGUUGAUUAUAGAAUUAAAGCAGGUAGAUUUGCUGAAAUGUUGGUUUAAACUGUUUUUUUUUGUUUUAUAUUUGAAGUUGUUUUGCUUCAUAACAUGUCAUUGUAUCUACACUUAAGUGUCCUCCUCCAGUGUCAUUCAAACCUGAAUACAUGCAUGUCCUCAACCUGUCUGGGUAUUGAUUGACCUGACUCAUGCAGCAGUAUUGAUGUGGAUGCUAAUAAUGAGAGUUAUCUGUUCUCCUGAUCUUAAUCCCAGAACCUCUUGGCCGUUAUCUAACUACAAGAAAUGGUAUAAGCCUCUUAGAGCAAUGGACACCUUCUUGGUACUCCAGUGUAGUCAUCAGUUCUGGAUAAACGACCUCCAGCCAAGACUGUGCGAUCAGUUCAGUUCGAAACCAUUGUGAAAAUGCAACAAAGAAGUUCCCCUCUAGAUAUAACUGGAAAAUAAAUACUAGUAUUUCUUGGUUGAAUCCCCUGAGGGGGCGCCACCUCAUCUGUUUCAGGUGGGUCUCAGUUUCACAGUAAACAAGUAGUGAUACAGAAGCUUUACUUUGACCUAUUUCAGCUGUAGAGACUGGAAAAACGAGUUUUCUUGUAAUUUACUCCCAAAAACUCCUCAGUUUGCAGACAUAAAGAAGUCAAUGCAGAUUUCUAACACAUAAAAAUUCAAGAUUUGUCAAAUCUGUCUUCAAGAAUACUUGUUUUUUUGAAUGGAGGUCAGCUAGAUCAUUUUUGAUGCAGUCCAGAAGUUGGGAAAUCUAACCCCUGAUUGGCUUUGACAGGCUUAAAAGUUAAAUUUUGAUUGUUUGUUGUGUUAUCACAAAGACCUCUGUUUGCAGGAAUCAGUAAAUUGAUUUUCUACAGGACAGCAUAAAGAGCACUUGACAUGUAUUUAGUAGUUUUUUAUGGCUGGUAUAACAACAAAUGUUGCUGAGUUUGCCUCAAGUCCUCAAGACCAGACACAAUAAAUAUGUCCUCUCUUUUUACUAAAUCUUUCCUCCAAAUGUCACAAACCACAUCAUAUUUUUUAAUGAUAAUAGUUUCUCAUUUAUUACAUCCAAAUGCUUUUCUAGUCAUCAUGCCAUCCUACAUCUUAGAUCUAUCCAUGUCUUACUUUUCUCUCCUCACAUUUCACACACACACAUACAAACCGGAGGUUUCCGAUGAAGUAGCAGCUGCGCAAGUUUGAACAGUAAACUAAUACACCCACACAACUCGGCUACCGUCACUUCACACCUUUGCACUUCCUUUUUGUCCCCUCCCUUAUUCAGCUCUGCCUCCCCACACCCACUUAGUCAGACAAACAUGCCUUUUGUUCUCUUUAAUUUGAAAUAGAGGAUCUGUAUGAGAGAUCGGACAAGUUUUUGAGGGUUAUGGUUUUCCUUAUUGAUUAAGUGUGACAUGUUAUAUGACAUUGCUCUUACUCAUACUCUCUGACCCUGACUCUGCUCUGCUUUACAAACUCAGGCAAUGAGUGGACUCAUUGUCAAAUCAGCUGCUGUUACACAGAUUGUUGUAUUUCCAUCCACCCUGAUUGAAAUACAAUAUUAGGUCGUUUGGCUUUUAUAACUCAACACACUCAUAUUUUUAAAAGUGAAAGAAUAAAGUGAGGAGCAUGCUGUUUGAAACAGGAUUGUGCUUGUCUGACGUUGGUGAUCCUGCAGGUUGAUUUUGCCGUGUUGCUUUUUCUGAAACAAAUUAAACAAUAAACCAGAUUUCAUCGGGACUAAAACAAGAUGAAAGAAACCUGAGGUGUUUCUUGACCAUGUUACCUGCUCAGGAACAGUGUGAAUAAGGAGUAAAACACAGUACAGUUUUCUUGACUCGCAUUGAUUCCCUCUAAAUUAUUCAUUUAUUCCAUCUCUCAAACCCAAAGGACACAGAGGCCAUGAAGCGGGCUCUGGGGCUUAUCGACUCAAAGAUGGCUCAGGCUAAGAACUGGCUGAGAGAUCCAAACGCUCAACCAGGUAACAAAAACACCCAUUUUCACUACCACUACUACUGUCAGACUGAUUAUCGAGUUCAAUCCAGUUAAGGGAUUGAUGUCUCGUUUCAUUUUUGUGUUUUUAGGGGACGCAGGUGAGCAGGCCAUCCGCCAGAUCCUCGAUGAAGCUGGGAAAGUCGGUGAGCUGUGCGCUGGGAAGGAGCGCAGAGACAUCCUGGGCACAGCCAAGACUUUGGGCCAGAUGACCGAUCAGGUGUCUGAGAUGAGAGCAAGGUACACUUAACUCUUUCAUUCAUAAAUUUCACCUGUGUUUGCCCACGUUAUGGCGAGAUAAUCCCUCAUAUAUGUCCGAUGUUUGCUAGAUUUUGUUGUCUCGUCUUCCUUGAGUAUUUAUAUAGAUAGAUAUUGCUUUAUUAAUCCAUGUGUUAAACCUCCCAUUCUGAAAGGGUAGGCAGCGUAAGGCAGUAAGAGUUUAAGUGGGGAUUAUAGCGUGUAAGAGUGGAAGUCAUAUUCCUCUGAUAUUGAAUCUGGUGGUUGCUUAGUCACGUUAGAUUAAAAACAGCUGUCUAGUAUUAAUCCAUAAUCUACUUUAACCCCUAGUUGAGCUCCUCCUCUGAAAAGUAAGAGAUGGCUGUGAGCCUAAUCUGGAAAUAGGAGUAUUAAGUUAGGAAAUACCGCUCUGAAAUAGAACGACCGGGCGUAAGCUUUUGAGUAAACAGACAAAAAGAGUGUGCGUGUGUGGAUUUUUAACGGAACGCUACAACAAUGCUGCUCUUUAUGGUCUCCAUAUGUUCGCCUUGUCCACCCCAGAGGUCAGGGCGCGUCCCCAGCAGCCAUGCAGAAGGCGCAGCAGGUUUCCCAGGGGCUUGACGUCCUUACUGGCAAGGUGGAAAAUGCCGCACGCAAGCUGGAGGCCAUGACUAAUUCCAAGCAGGUCAUCGCCAAAAGGAUAGAUGCUGCACAGGUGGGUCAUUAACCCUGUUUACCCGACACAUUGUUUUAUCCUAACUUCUAAAUUCAAGCACUUCAUGAAGUUCUGUAUAUCUUUUUUUUUUUGCAGAACUGGUUGGCAGACCCGAAUGGCGCCCCAGAGGGAGAGGAGAACAUCAAGGCUCUGCUCGCUGAAGCCAAAAAGAUUGCCGACAUGUGCGAGGAUCCCAAAGAAAGAGAAGACAUCUUGCGCUCUAUUGGAGAGAUCGCUGCCAUGACUGCCAAGCUGACUGAUCUCAGGAGACAGUAAGUGACAGAAAGCUGGAAAAGAAAGAUUGCAUCAUUUCAUGCUGUUUCUGCGAUUACCUCUCCACAACCUCCAUUUAUUCUCCUCUGCAGUCUUUAAGAUGCUUCAAUUCAUCACCUUUUCACCACUUUUACCUCAAACUAUGUCUGUUUGGUUAUACAAAUGAAAGGAAAUGAAAGAAAUGUAAUGAUAAAUGUAUAGAUAAGGGCAAUUAUCUUCAAAGUUUGGCAUGAAGGUGUUUCUCUGCUCAUAGAUCAGCGAGGUAUUUUAUCUCCUCGGUUUCCCUUUGAACCGUUAUCUUGUAAAAUCUUGUCGAAACACGCACACAUGGCUGUUCUUCCUGUUGGAGCACAGUUUUCAUGCAACAAUUCCAGUGGAAUCCUUCUUUUUCCACUAUGCACUGGUGGUCUGGGCUGUGGGUUUUCACUGUAAAACAUGCAGAUUUAACCACUUCCUCCAGUGAACUCGCCUGGCUUCUAUUCCAGAUUUGAACAAUACUGGCAGUAUAAAAAGACUGUUUGUUGAAAGGUCAACAGAGUCAUUUGCUCGUAAUCCUUAAUUCUAUUUUUAAUUCCUCAUAGGGGUAAAGGUGACACUCCUGAGGCCAGAGCUUUGGCCAAGCAGAUCGCCACCGCUCUGCAGAACUUGCAGUCCAAGACCAACAAAGCUGUGGCCAACAGCAGGCCUGCAAAAGCAGCUGUUCAUUUGGAGGGGAAGAUUGAGCAGGCACAGCGCUGGAUUGACAAUCCAACAAUGGAUGACAGCGGUGUGGGUGAGUCUGGCUCCUCCUCUUCCUCCUCCUCCUUCCCAGCAUCCACAUCUCUCUAUCUCUCCCUCACACUUCCUCACAUUCCUUCCACUGCUCCUGUGGUUAAAAACUGCAGACCAGACACUUUGUGCAAAUGUCACUUCACACUGUACGGGACAUUCCACAACGAUCUCCCGACACUGUAUUUUUUUUUCCUGGUUUUGGCUCGGCUCCUCAUAAAACCUGGACAACGUCUUACGUGUUUACAACAAAGCAGCAGGCUGGCCGCUGGAAUGCUUACCUCAGAGAACAAACAUGAACUAACUCAGAAGAGGCCAGAUAAAAAUACCAGAUCUCUCAAACGCUCGGUGUGCAGUCAUUUGCAAGAGGUGGCCAAGUUUUACCCGGGUCUAAAUAAGCUCACUGUUAUGAUUUAAUGGUGCCGGAACAAUGACCACAUUUGUGAAGUCAUUUUCAAUGACAAAGGAUCCAGUCAUGUCUCCCAGAGGAAAGAUUUCCCCUUUUUUCAAUGUUUUACAUUAAUCAAGUUGAUAUCUUACAGACUAUUUAAAAUGGCACGAUGAAUAUUAAGCAAUUUUCCAAAUUCUGUGACGUUUAUCAGAGCAGUUGUUCUCAAAUCUUGGUUAGAGGACCAUUUUAGCUGGUUCCCUGGGAGUUUAUAGGCCCUACACAACUUAAACAAAGAGAUAUUUUACUGUUUUUGUCAUGGGGUUUUAUUCUCUGUCUGUUAAAAGUCUCAGCAGAGGAUUCAAACUCAGUCAAAAUCUCACCAAAGUUGCAGUCAAAGUGUCAAUCUAGUGAUCCUCAAAGUCAAAAAAGUUGAGAACCACUGCAAGCUUCAAUAACAUCAUCAAACAAAGCAAAGGAGGAUUAACAAAAUACAUUCAAGUUUGACUCUUUUCACAAUGUUGGUGUUUCUUCAUCUGGAGGUAUAACCAGAAGGGUUAAAGAUAGAUCACUGUCCAAAUAUUGUUUUUCAUGUUGUGUUAAUCAUGUGUUUUUAUUUGUGUGUUCAGGUCAGGCAGCCAUCCGCGGACUGGUGGCAGAGGGCCGCAGGCUGGCCAACGCUCUGCCCGGCCCGUUCAGGCAGGAGAUGCUGGGGAAGUGCGAGCAGGUGGAGCAGCUCAUGGCCCAGCUGGCUGACCUUGCUGCACGCGGCGAAGGGGACUCCCCUCAGGCUCGUGCUGUGGCUCAGCAGCUCCAGGAGGCUUUGAAAGUAUGAUUACUCACGCUCUCAUUUACAUUCAGAGCCGGAGCUUCUUUGAUGGAUCAGUGCUUCCACACACAGAGCCAGAGAGACUACCCCCUCUGCUGGUUAGCAGUGGGGAAGACAUAAAGUAUUCUGAUAGCAUGAGCAUAAUGAGAACUAUGCCAAUAAAAGGUCUUUAAAAGCACAUUAAGAAUCUAGUCAAAAAAAAGAUAACACCUAAUCUAGAUGGGAUUUUAAGACUAUAUCUGAUUGAAAAUGCAAUUCUUAAGUUGUAAUAAGUUGUCAUUUGAAGAUAACCAAAUAAUAAAAACUAGAGAAAUAAUAAAGAGCUGACAUCUUAAUGAUAUAUUUUAACUUGUAAUUUAGGGUAUCAUAAGCUUCCAAGUGAGCUGAAAGGUCAUAGAAACUCUGUGUGUGGGUUUAUGCAGUUCUAGAUCUAUAAAAAUGGAGUCAAUAACAGUAACAUACAUAAUGACGAACCAAUCCUGACAUUUGUAUGAGUUAUCUCAGUGAGAAGUCGUUACAAGCUGUGAUAUUUGUGUCUCCUCCUCCUCCUCCUCCUUACAGGAACUUAAAGGGAAGAUGCAGGAGGCGAUGACUCAAGAGGUGUCUGACAUCUUCAGCGACACCACCACUCCCAUCAAGUUACUGGCAGUGGCUGCAACCGCACCUCUGGACGCCCCCAACAGAGAUGAGGUCAGCAGUGCAGUCACUCUGUUCCUCGCUGUAACAGACCCCCUUCAGCGAUGUUCUGUAUUUAUUGGCAGGGUGUUGUAUUAUUGCUAACAAGCCUUUUGGAUAAUUGUUUGCGACGUGAUCAUGCGCAGGUCUUUGAGGACAGGGCUGCCAACUUUGAGAACCACGCCAACAAGCUUGGCGCCACAGCAGAGAAGGCUGCUGCUGUUGGCACCGCCAACAAGAGCACGGUGGAAGGAAUCCAGGCGGCCGUCAAGUCAACGAGAGACUUAACACCACAAGUAUGUCACGGUUUAGUGUUUAUAUCUGUUUCUGUUUGUGUGCGCCCUCCACUCUGCAACACCACUCGCACAGCUUCAGUGUUUCUCGCUUCACGAGCCAAGUCUGUAGCAGUUGUUGUUGGAUUGACAAUUAAUGGCACGGAUUGUUAUUUGUUUCUGUAGGUGGUGUCUGCGGCUCGUAUUCUGCUGAGAAAUCCUGGCAACCAAGCUGCAUAUGAACAUUUUGAAACUAUGAAGAAUCAGUGGAUUGACAAUGUGGAGAAAAUGACAGGUGGGGAUGUUUUAAAUUCACUGAUUGUACUCCUCUGGUAAUCAUUAUUCUGUAUAUCCCUCUGUAACGCCCUAAUCUAACAUCAAAAUGGAUGUUUAGGUUUGGUGGACGAGGCCAUCGAUACCAAAUCUCUCCUGGAUGCGUCAGAGGAGGCCAUCAAGAAGGACCUGGAAAAGUGCCGUGUGGCCAUGACCAACCACCAGCCUCAAAUGCUGGUCGCAGGCGCCACCAGCAUCGCCCGCAGAGCCAAUCGCAUCCUCCUGGUUGCAAAGCGAGAGGUGGAGAACUCAGAGGAUCCUAAAUUCAGGGAGAUGGUGAAGGCUGCAUCUGAUGAGCUGAGCCAGACAAUUUCUCCCAUGGUGAUGGACGCUAAGGCUGUGGCUGGAAACAUUCAGGAUCCAAGUGAGUUAAUGUUUGAACUAUACCUAACACGCAUAAAGGAAGAUUUUUUUAUGAACAUGUUUCCUUUUAUUCCGAUCACCAGGUCUGCAGAAGGGCUUCUUGGACUCAGGUUAUAAGAUUCUUGGUGCUGUAGCAAAGGUCAGGGAGGCAUUCCAGCCCCAGGAGCCAGACUUCCCACCUCCUCCUCCUCCUGAACUGGAUCAGCUUAAUGUGAGUUGACAGAUCAGCACACAUUUCGACGCUUAAAAUUGCUUUAUGAAGCACCUACAACCUCUUUCAUGCUUUAAAUGACCUUUACCUUGUCCUUGCAGCUCAAUGAUGAGGCAGCACCACCCAAACCUCCUCUUCCUGAGGGUGAAGUUCCUCCACCAAGGCCUCCUCCCCCAGAGGAGAAGGACGAGGAGUUCCCUGAGCAGAAGGCUGGUGAUAUGGUCAACGAGCCAAUGAUGGUGGCUGCCAGACAACUUCACGAUGAAGCCCGCAAAUGGUCCAGCAAAGUAAGCCGACACCUUUAACACCCUUAUAAACUCCUAUUCGUCUUGUAUCCUAGGAUUCUAGAGCGUUAACGACACCAGGAGCUCUUAAUUAGUAGGUAGUGAUAUGAAACGUAGUUGCCAAAUGAGCAUUUUUGGCCAGUUUUUUGGCCAUAAAUAAAGGAAAACAGAAUCAAGCUGUCAUCAAAUAUCAAAAAUAAAUAUUUUAUUGAAUUGUGUCAAAAUUGUAUGUGGAAAUGUGUUACUUUGUCUCUAUAAGUUGUUUACAUCAAAAGUUAUCCCACUCAUAUUUCGAUUUGAGUUCGGGCUAGUAAAGGGUUAAGAAUGAAGCCUUUUGGACAUUAAUUCAGCUUGGUACCUGGCAUUUUCUAAAAAAAACACACUUAAAGGAUUAAAAAAAACAGGUGGCAUUAAAAAGGCAGGGGUGUGCAUUGACCCUCUUUUCCAUCUAGACUAAUAGAUUUCCAUUUAUUUCCUUUAAAGGGUAACGACAUCAUUGGCGCCGCCAAACGCAUGGCCUUGCUCAUGGCCGAGAUGUCACGUCUGGUGCGUGGAGGCAGUGGAAACAAAAGAGCCCUCAUCCAAUGCGCCAAGGACAUCGCUAAGGCUUCGGACGAGGUCACACGGCUGGCAAAAGAAGUGGCAAAACAGUGUACUGACAAGCGUAUCAGGACCAACCUGCUCCAGGUCAGUCCGGUUGUGUCAAUCAGAAGAUACCUCACUGUUUUGGUGUGAAAUUUUUAACAUUUUGACCACUCUGACCUUCUCCCAGGUGUGUGAGCGUAUUCCCACCAUCAGCACUCAGCUCAAAAUCCUGUCCACAGUCAAGGCCACCAUGUUGGGUCGUACCAACAUUAGCGAGGAGGAGUCAGAGCAGGUAAGCUGAGUCUUUUUGUACGUCUUGAUUCACCAGAAUCACUGUUUAUCCCUCUGUUCCACUUUUCUUCAUCACUGUGUCUCCUUCUCUAAUUCUUUUUCUACAGGCGACUGAGAUGUUGGUCCACAAUGCUCAAAACCUGAUGCAGUCUGUGAAGGAAACGGUCAGAGAGGCCGAGGCAGCUUCCAUUAAGAUCCGAACAGAUGCAGGUUUCACCCUCCACUGGGUCAGGAAGACCCCGUGGUACCAGUAAGCUAAAGGCUCCUGAUGCUUUGUCUCAUGCUGGUCAUAUCCAGCCGUCCAGGAGGACAUUGAAUGGACAGAAACAUAUUUUAUCAGAGCUAUGAUAUCUGCGCCCCUCACUCUAAUACUGUAAGGGCAGAGCUUCUCUAUUAGUCCCACGUCCUGUCUGUAACAGUUGCUGUUCUGGUAGAAUGUAAAGGCUGGGACAGUCAGUGUGAGUUAAGUUUAGAUUCUUACUGGGAAGCUUUUUUUUUCUAAAGUGUGUAAAAAAUUUGUUCUACCUUUAAAAUUCCUAGGAAUAUGUAUAUGUUUUGACUAGAAGUUGGAUUUCUAUAAUAUAAUGCUUAUUUUGGCCUCCUCCAGAUUCAAACAUUAAGACUAUUUUAUAACUUUGUACUGCUAAUUUUACUAUCACAUUGUUCGUUCACCUUCGCUUGGUUAAAGCACAUGAACUUGAGGAGUUGUUACAAGUACAAUACAAGGUCGACGCUCAGCACACGCAAAAUAUAUUCAACGGUAUUAUGCCUGUUUACACUAUUGUUAUAAUUGAAAGAGAAACACUGUUCAUUAUUUUACAUAAUGUAAUGCAAUUGUAGCAAUCUUUGUUUUCUUAAGAGUUCUGCCAAAGACUUGGUGCCAUGAUCUCUGAAAGUAUCUUUCUUCGAUCAGCAAUACUUUUACGUUUAAGGGCUAGCUUAAUUACACAAGCUGAUUAGUGAAGUAGUUACGACUGCUAACAACAGCAGAUUACUCUUUCGAACCGCGGUUUAGGUGUCACAUUUUGCUUUGAGAUUACAAGCGAGAGAUACUUGCGCAUAAGUAUGAGGCCAACAAAGCUAAGCCGUCUUUAGAGGGGCACUUCUUGACUGCUGUUUUUUUCUCAUGUAUUUUUGUUGUGCACAAUCAUUUCCUGUAAUACAUGAAUAGCACACUUCUCUAGGUAGUCAAGGGAACGACCUGUUUCGAGGAAGAGCACAGUGUCAUCUGUAUCUGGUAAAAUCCUCAUUUUAUGUCUUGAUACACUAAACGGAACUGGCCACUUUUGGUGGGAACUGUAUUUGAUAUUUUGAAAUGUCUGAAGACCGUCUGUAUGAAUGUGUCUUUUUAAGUAUCUUAUACCAACUGAUGUGCCUUUGUGAAAGAAACUUUAUUUGCAAUUGAUACAGUUAUCAUUUUUAGACGUUUUGUAUCAUUCGUACAAGGUAUGAUGGUGUUGAGUUGUUCAAAACGCUUGUUGUACAUGAUUCUUCUAGAAAGAUACAUCUGCUCCAUGACUUAAACUUUAAGUCAAAUUAUGCUCUAUGCAAAUCUAAGAAAGUUUCAUUUCAAAAUAAAUCAAAAUUAUGCAACCAAAACAGGCCUGAACUACAUUUUUCUGAGGCAUUGUUCACAAUUUUGUAAUAAAGCAUUUUAUAGCACUUUG